UGUGCGUGCGUGGACAUAUCUUCUACUCUCCUUACUAAUGUCUUAAUCGAUCAACCAGAGUCGACUGAGCUAUCUACUCUGCACACAACAGAAACCAGAUCACAUACUGCAAUCACCUGCCGAGAGAUUUCAACCUUGAUGACCUGUCUGUUGCUCAGCUCCCAAGUGGUGAGCUUGAGAAAUAUAUUCAAGCCAACUUUGGAAUGCCUGAAGAACAACCAGUCCAGGCCACACAAGAAAUGAAUGGUCAGGGACCCUCACAAGUCCAGACCGGAAUGCAGGGGGGCAUGCUUCGUCAGGUGCAGUCGCCAAUGUUCUCCAGUGCUGCUCUGACCACAGAACCAGCACCUCCACAAGCACCUGCUCGCCAGAGCAACCAGCCAUAUAUGGAGAUAACCGAACAACCCCAGUUUCGCGGACUACGGUUCCGGUACGAGUGUGAGGGAAGAUCUGCUGGCAGCAUACCCGGGGAACACAGUACAGCCGAGAGAAAGACUUUCCCUACUAUUAAGAUACGUAAUUAUAAGGGCCCUGCUAUUGUAGUCGUCUCCUGCGUAACCAGAGAUGCUGCCCCCCUGUGUAAGCCACACCCACAUUCACUUGUGGGGAAAGAUUGUAAGAAAGGCGUGUGUACAGUAAAGGUCAAGGACACGGAUACGAUAACAUUUCCACAUCUGGGUAUUCAGUGUGCCAAGAAGAAGGAUGUGGAAAACAGUUUAAAGCUGAGGAAAGAAAUUAAUGUAGACCCUUUUCAGACUGGUUUCAAUCACGGCAUAGGUCAGAUUGAUCUGAACGUGGUCCGUCUGUGUUUCCAAGUGUUCCUUCCUGAUGCCAGUGGAAAAAUCACAAGAGUUGUCCCCCCGGUAGUGUCACAAGCCAUCCAUGAUAAAAAAUCUGUCAAUGAGCUGACAAUAUGCCGUGUCGAUCGCAGUUCAGGCAAGGCAAAAGGUGGAGACGAAAUCUUUCUCCUGUGUGAAAAAGUUAACAAAGAUGAUAUCCAAAUCCGAUUCUUUAAAGACACAGCUGCUGGUUGUAUGUGGGAGGACUAUGGUGAUUUUGGCCAGGGGGACGUGCAUAGACAGUUUGCCAUUGUGUUCAAGACCCCAGCUUACAAGGAGGCGUACAUACAGCAGCCUGUCGAGGUCCAGCUUCAGCUGCGACGACCGUCCGACAACGAGACCUCGGAAUCUAUUCCGUUUACUUACAUGCCGGAGGAUCCUGACCCAGAUAGAAUUGAGGAAAAGAGGAAGCGUAAAGCAGCAAACUUUAUUCAGAAUUGGACCAGUUCAGGUGUGAGUGAACGAGGAAACGCAACAGUAAAAGAAGGGUUACGGACAAAGCUGAAAGCAAAUCGUAGGAUCAAGCAAGAAGGCGAACCAAUGGCGCAAGAUGAACUACCCAGAUACUCCUUCACCAACACCGGCGCCAGUGCAUCAGCAGGGAACAUGACAGGCGUGCCCACGAUGAACAUCCGCACCGCAGACAACACGGCCAUGGGAAGCAUAACAGUCUCCAGCACAACCUCGGCUGCAGCCAACCCCCAGUUUCAGAACUUGAGGAUCGACCACACAGGGAAUGUGAUUGACAGCUUGGUAGUACAGAACCAGCAGCAGCAGCAGCAGAUGCUACUGGGAGCUGGCCAGAUCAACCCUGCCACCAUCGACAUGGAAUUGCUUCACGCCUAUCUCCAGGAUGCACAAGGAAAUGGUGACGCUCUGUCAGCUGACCUGCUGGACGAAACAUACGACCCCAAUGUGGCUGCUAUGGAGAGUGUGUCGAGUAACACCCCUCAGUUGAAUCACCCCGGUUCCUUUGCAGCUACACAAGAGAGUUUACAGGGGCUAAGUGAGAACUCGUGAACACAACAGGUGAAGGACAGUUUGUUUUAUACAGAGUGCUUUGUGUACAUCGUCAUGCAUUGGUGUCCAAUAAAUGUGAAAAAAUGUAAAUAUCAAGUCUUAUUUCUCUCCCAGAUUCAGUUACACUGCCAGAAAGAUAGAUGAAAUUUUAGACAGUUUGGUCCCAUUCAAAAUCCUGUUCCUAAUAUGCAUCCACCAUGAAUAUGAUGAACAAUGUCAGAGCUUUUGUUGGGGAUGUUUUUCUUAGUAAAAGGUCCAUUGUUUCUGACCAACAGCAGAUGAAAUUUCUUCCAGGACAUGUUCACUGAUUCUUGGAAAUCUAUAAGUGAAAAAGGAAGCCCUUUGCAGGAUAUGUUACAUGCCAUUCAUGAACUGAACAUUGAUAUGUGUUAUUUGUCUCCUGCGUUGAAGCAAUGGUAGAGACCUCCUCUACACUAUACGAUGUGUGUUUUAUGCUCCAAGUAAAGCCUUUCAAAGAUGUUUUAUACAAAUGGUUAUCAUUAUUGUUUAAGAAUUGUACAUACAAUUCAGAACACAUUUACAGAUGUGUUUUAAAAAUGUAUCUGUGCUUUCUAUUGUACUGUGUUUGAAAUUAGGCCUGAGGGUCAAAGGGUCCUUAUGAUAUCACGAACAUUAAAUGUUUCAGAUUUAGGGAACCCUCUAGAUUCAAAUACUAUAGCAGCAUCUCUCAUCGACCCCCAGGACCCCUCUUUAUUUCUAACACUGUGGAGAUAUUUCCUUGGCACAGGCUUUUAGCCUUUCAUGUGUGUUUGGCUGUAUUUUUAGCAUGACCACAAGACUGUUGCAUUGUAUGGGAUGGACUUGUUCUUCAUAGGACUGUCCGUGCUUCUACUCAAAUCUGUGAACUGUUCAUGACAUUUAGUGCUUUGUUAUCAUGAAUAUACCAUUGUUUGUGUUUUGUACUUCAUGUUAAAAGAUCAUCUUAAAAUAUGUUUUGCAUGAAAAGUGCCAUCUUUCUUACAGUAUCAAGGCUUCCUACAUUAUCAGAUCGGGAUGUUAUUUGUUUGUUAUUUUAGGUGCUAAGUAUCCCAAUCCGAUUAAAAUCAGCUUUUUUAACUCUGAUAUGAUGCCUCUCUGUGUGAAGAAUGACUAAUCCCCUGUGGGAGGUCAUGUCAGGUGAACUUUCUGAUCAGCCAAUCAGGACCUUCGGACGCUUUGUAUGAGGUAGCAAGGUUUUGAAGCAGUAUAUAUGAUUUCUGUUUUAAAAUUUUAUUUAAAAAACAGACAUAAAUGGGCUGUUCCGAUUUUUGAAUAAUUCCUAUCAUUUCUGAAUGCCAUGACAUCAACACCCAUAGGGGUGUAUGAUGGAAUGGUAAACAUGGGUCUAUGCGGGUUUUGUUAAAGUUCUAAAUUUCUGAAUUGAGGUAGUAAAGAAAUAAAGCCAAAUCAUUUUAGGAAGCCACAUCUGAUUGGCUCCAGCACUAACAGAUACUUCAUUGCAAGCUCCAUGUUCAACUGGCCGCCAACGCAUAUGGAGUGUUAGUCAGUUCCUCAUGCGGAGUGUUUCGGAGUGAAAGAUCUGAUUUUUAUGAGAUUGUGAUUUUCCAAACUUUUGUGAAAUGUGAUAUUUUGUUAAUAUUGAUUCCCAAUAACAUCAUGACAACUCAACAAGUAAUUAGAGGAUCUUAAAAAAUGAUUUGGAGAAGGAUGAUAAAAAAUUGAAGGAAAACAAGCUGAUUUGUUUACUAGUUGAAUCUCUGUAUAUUUAUGUAUAAACCCUGCAUACAAUCUAGUUACGAGAUAUCUGCAGGAAGCUUGUAAUUUCUUAUCUUGCUUCAUCUUGAGCUGUCUAUCAGAAUAAAGCAUUUACAGAGCUAUAUUUGUAGUGAAUAUGUUUUAAGGUGCCUCUCAUUAUCACUAGGAUACAUCUUGCAUUGGAGAAACAAGCUUUUUGGUGUCAUAUUUUUUCGCAAGUAUGUGAUGUAAAAGUAAUUUUCAUCUGAAAUUAGAGUUUGACUUUGCAUGAGGAUAAUAUGUUUAACAAAACUUUUCUCCUCAUCAUUAUGAUCAUGUUGGUUCAAUUAAAAUGUGCAAAUAAUUAACUUUUCAGGGCAACCAAUAAUUUCUGGUUUUGUCUGGAUUAAGUCCGGUUUUGUGAAUGUCAAUAUUGUCCGGAUUUUAAGGGAAGAGUUAUUUUUCUUUGCCCAAACUAUGUCGCUCUGUUUGAAUUAGUACCGGUAUUAUGCAGUCUGCAAUUAUAUCCACAAUCCUGAAGCCUAAGCCUGGUAACAUUUCUUUUUGUCUAGUAAGUAUGGUAAUCUCAGCUCAUAAUAGUUCAUAGAUCAACAUUAAAAGUGUUGCCAAUAGAUGAGCUUUUGUCAUAGACUGUCUAUGUUCAACUGCCCAGUGAGUGUGAAAUGACCAAAAACCAACAACCUGGUGACCUGGUCUGUUUAAAUAUUAGCAUCUGAUAAGAAA